AUGGGUCUGGGUUCACGGUCGAGUUUACGGCUUGUAGCCAGCGGGUCAGAUCAUCAACCCCCCGGCGGUUCAUGCCUUGAAGUCAGUACAACGACGACUUUCCCCGCCAGCAAUAUAGAUUACCUGUCAUCCGCGCGUCUGUCGAGGACCACACUUGGCUCAGUGCAUGUGGCUAGCCCGGGAGGCGCAGGUCCAAUCCGUAUUGAUCUAAAGCCUACCACCGCUAAAAAGAUUAGUGGUGCCAGAUAUGAUCGGGGGAUAGUUAUCGAGAAAAGGGAGGAGGAUGGGAAAGAUAAUCCCAAGAUCCCAGCGUUGAAACGCGAAUUCGAUUUUGAUAGCCCCGUCCCAGAAGGCUGGGAGGCAUGUCUACAUCCCGAGGGCGCGUUAUAUUUUUACCAGAGGAAUAAACGUAUACUUACGGAUGCGAAUCUCUGCGAUCCUGCGGAAGCGCGCGCUCUGUUCGCAGGCAUAGGAUAUCUUGAAGAUGCUUUGGAAGAAAAUCAUAUCGUCAUGCCUGACGAUUGCGAGAUCGCCCUGGAACUAAAUACGGUGGAUGAUGCCAAAGAGACUCUCGUCAGGGAAUGUGGAUAUUACUUUGUUGACGGUCUGUCACGGGCACUCUUUUGGUUUGAUACCUACGACGUAGAAGAGUUGCUUGAAGAGGUGCAGGGAAAAACCAACCUACGGCACCUUAGCAGACUCAUGAGUGUGUUCGUCCAUCAACGGUUCAUUCAUUAUCAUGGUCUACCUGGUGCUCGUCUGUCCCGAAUCCAAACUAUAUACGGGGACACAAAGAAGGGCGACUCACUGCUCAUAAAGCUCGUAUCUCCGCUGUUCUUCAACGCUCCUAGGUUCCAUCUCAGAACACUGGACGACAUCUGGGUGGACAAAGUGAUCAAUUAUCAAUCCUGGGAUUACUUAAUGGGAAAAUUACAAGAUGAAUGGGAGCACAUUUCCAUCAUAGCUACUGUUAUGCUCACGGUGAACAUUGGGUUUCUGGCAAUCCAGAGCGUGGACCGGUCGGAAGAUAUCCGUUCGGCUGCUCAACUCACGAGUUACCUCUCUGCCAUCCUUAGCGUCUCGAGCAUUGUCAUUGGGCUUGCCCUUUCAAGACACCAUAGGACAUUGAAGCGCGACGACGCCGACAUCGCCCAAUACUAUCUAUGGAGCAAGUACCACCCGGAGUUGGGGUUGGAAGUAUUGGCUAUAAUGUACGGCCUGCCCCAUGCUUUGCUGAUGUGGUCGAUAUGCGCGUUCUUCGUCGCCUUGACAUGUCAAUACUUCCAACUGAACCCCGACAUUGAGGCCACGAGCCUAGCGGGCAGAAUCCCGGUGGCCCUGACGUGGCUAAUUGCCCUGUCACUCGUCGUUUGGAUCCUGCACUGCGACUGGCAAGGGAAGGACGACUCCUUGAGUGGGAAAGUCUUCUGCUUCCUCAAAUCCAUGUGGUCACAGGUGUCCAGUGGCACAUUGACCAUGGGUCAGUCGGUAGGGCGAGUAUUGCGCGCGCCUCUUCACGCAAUCAGAACGGCGCCCGCUGACUCGCAGGACGUACCAAACGAAUUGAGUGAAGCGUGA